AAAAGUGAUUGACAGCUCAGCCAAACGUCAUUCACGACAAAUCCGGUGAGACGCCUGAACGUCAGGUGGCCGUUAUCCCAGUCCCCGCCUCUGAUUGGACCGCCAAUUGCCCCUCUAAUUGGUCGCGACCAUCCCGCAUAAUUCCGGGCGCGAGGCAACACCGACGAACAUUUGGGGAAUGUCAGGCUUCGGGACGACUGUUUCGCCCCUGUUCAGAACGUUUGCUAACUCUCCGGACUGGGAAGCCCUGUACACACCGUGUGUACCAGCCACGGGAGCAGGCACCGCACACAGGCAACAGGACAGGAGCAUGUCUGAACACGCUGAGAUGGACAGUGAGUUAUGUACGGGAUGCGGCGGUCCUAUCCAGGAUAAGUUCCUGCUGAAGGUGGGAGAGCGGCAGUGGCACGUCAAGUGUCUGCGGUGCUCGGUGUGCCAGACCCCGCUCGGCAGGCACACCACCUGCUACACCCGCGAGGCAGACGUCUACUGCAAGGCCGACUACAUCAGACAAUUCGGCACCAAGUGUGCGAAAUGCUGUCGGAACAUCCAGUCGAACGACUGGGUGCGUCGCGCCAAGAGUAAUGUGUACCAUCUCGCCUGCUUCGCCUGCGACGCCUGCAAACGGCAACUGUCCACGGGGGAGGAGUUCGCGCUGCACGACGGGAAGGUUCUGUGCAAGACCCACUAUCUGGAGGCCAUGGACGCAGCGGCCGGAAGCGGAAAUGGAUCAGACUGUGACUCACUCUACAGCGGAGAGAGCGGCUCAGGCGGACACCGGCCCAAGCGCGUGCGCACUACCUUCACAGAGGAACAGUUGCGGGUCUUGCAGGCGAACUUUAACAUCGACAGUAACCCAGACGGACAGGACCUGGAGCGGAUCGCGCAGAUCACAGGACUCAGCAAACGCGUCACACAGGUGUGGUUCCAGAAUUCUCGCGCGAGGCAGAAGAAAUACGGCAACCUCACUGGAAGCAAGUCUCUUUCCCCAGGUCGCAAGUGCUGUAUCAAGUGCGGACAGAUCUACUGCGCAUGCGUGCAGGGGGGUCUACAAGCCACCUCCUGUGCGUGACGUCACUUCCGGUCUGCCGUGCGGGACAUGUGCCAAUAUGAUUACGUCAUUCUGUAGAUAUACCGCGUCAAAAAGUCUUCUUGUAUGUCAUAAGGACCGACCUUCAGUUCAAAGCUACAUUAUUUAUCUGUGGGUUGUAAAACAAAAACUGUAAAGUGAAAAUGGUAGUGGCAUAGAGUUGUUGACAUACAUGAAAAGUUGUACUCUCCAAGCAGAGGUUUGGGUUUUAGGUUAUUUUGGGCGUGUUUUUAGGCUUUUUAUUGGGGUUUCUUUUUUGCACUGGAAUUGUUUUUCACCCCCAAAAAACUUCCAGUGCAAAAAUUAAGGAAACCCCGAUAAAAAAAGCCUAAAAACACGCCAAAAAUAACCUAAAACCCAAACCUCUGCUUGGAGAGUAGAAAAGUUUAACAAUUUGACUUGCAUAUGUUUUGUGGCUGGGAGAUGCGUACUUUUUGUUGCAAAUCCCCUUGUGGAGAUGGUUUACGCGCUGAGUUAGCCCGGGAUAGUGUACAUGUCCUGUCAUACCCAUCCCUCCAUUACUGGAUGAACACUAAAGCCGAAAAACAAACGACAUUUAGCCGUAGGGCAGGUGGCACGACACUCCACCAUGGGUCAUUCACGGAUCACAUACAGGCUGAGAGAUCAGAAGUGCACAGAGGUCUGUUUGCCUAUCGUAUUAUACCAGUGACUCGGUCGGUCCGUAUAUCAUUAUGUUCUUAUCGUGAUGUCAAUAUUUGAUGCCGAUGUGAUCUUGUGUCUACCAGGUAUCAGUAGAUGUGCGCACAAUAUUCUGAUUAUUAAAACGCGUGCUAAUGUGAGAAUGCAUGAGAUCCACAGAUUGACGGUGACUAUGUCAGACAUCGGCCGUUCUUUCCGAGAAAUGUAAUAUCAGUGGUCGAUCUGAUAUUCAAAUAUUCUGUUAUGUGAGAUUUAUCUAACCAAGAAAAGCUAGAAACUUACUUAAUUAUAUUUAUUGUCUGUUCUGUACUUUUUAUUUAUAGUAGGAAAAUUAUCUUAUCUAGAUCAGUGAAAACAACUUGGACAUUGGGAACAACACAGUUCUUUCUCUAGUAGCUGUAUUUUAUAUUAGAACAGCACUACUGGGUAUCGCGUGUUCCUCUACAUGUUGAUUUGAUGACAUGACAUAAAGUUUAGACA